AUGAUUCCAAAUGCAUUUCUUGAGGUGGCUAGGCAUGUCAUUGGAAUCAUGAGUGAACCAUUUGUGCCUUCGGUCCAUAUGAAGGCGAGCUAUGGCAACCAUCUGGUGAGUAACGGGCGUUACCUUAGGACCUUGGUUGUUUGUGCUGCUCCAAGUGUUACCAUAGAUGGAGACCCUAACGCACUAUACACAUUGGUAAUGAUCGAUCCAGAUGUUCCAAACCCAUACGAGCCAACUUCACAAGAUUUCGUCUCCUGGAUUGUGAUUAACAUUCCUGGUGGGACGUCGUGUGCUCAAGGUACUGAAUUCCUCUCGUACAAUGCUCCAAAGCCUGACAUUGGAGUUCAUCGUCAUGUAUUUGUUCUGUACAAGCAACAGUCGCGACUUGAUGGUAUUGAAACACUCCCCUCUCGAAUUUGCUUCAAGACUCGUGAUUUCGCAGAAAAGCACAACCUUGGAUAUCCGGUGAAUCUGUCGUACUUCAAUACAAAGAAAGAAAUCAGGAAAAGGCAGUUGAUGGCAUGA